AUGUCGAGCCUAGAUGAGAACUUCAAGAUGCAGUUCAUUCUUGCCUCCGUCAUUGCCAUUGCUGCCGCUCUCACUCCCGCGGUCAGCGCCUUCUCCGUUAGCAACUGCGAGACCGGCCAGUACAAGAACUUCGGCGAAGGUGGUAACAACAAGUGUCAGGGGUUCAACACUGGCAAGAGCGUUGCAUUCGACAGCAACAAGGGCCUGUCUCUCCGCGUCUUCGCUUCGACCAAUUGCCAGGCUGGCGACGAGAUUCUUAUCACCGAGCAGAACAAGUGCCAGGAAGUUCCUUUCACCGGACUAUCGGUGCUGGCGGAGUAA